AGCCUUAAUAUCCUUUAUGGGUGUAUUUGAAGACAUUCACGUGAAAUUGAAACAAAUAUUGUGACAAUUGCGACAUUAUAAUUGUCUCGCAAUGUUCUAUCGUCUUUCAGAAAUUGGUAGCCCACCGAGCACGUUGUUUACUGUUGUUGAGUUUCUCUUUUUUUUCUUAAAGAAUUGUCAGUAUGUCUAUUAACAGAGAAAGUUCGUCCUUUUACAAGAGAGGCAACAUUCAAAAAACGUAUUCCUCUUUCGGUUUUGUGGAAAGUGAAGAUUUACUCUCUGACAAUUCACACGAGACGAUACAUCUCAACAAAAGUAUAUGCGAUGAAGUCUUUGAUGUGAAAGAUUAUUAUGGUUUUCCAUGGUACAGAGCUGUUUUUAUUAUAGCUAAUGGCGCGAUUGGGGCAGGCCUGUUAAAUUUCCCUGAAGCGUUCAAGAAAUGUGGUAGUAUAGUGCAGGCUCUCCUUUUACAAGGGAUUCUUGCUGUCUUCAUCUACGGAGCAUUUCCCAUUUUAGCGUUUUGUUGUAAUAUAGGGAAAACGAACACGUAUGAAACUACUGUCCUAGUGUUUUGCGGCUCUUAUGUGCAAACAAUAGUUCAACUUUUGGUUCCGAUUACUACGUUUGGGGCGAACGUCACUUAUCUGAUUGUCAUUGGUGAUCAACUCACUAAAGUGUUGGAUUUUCCUGGCUUGUUUACUAAUCGGACAUUUAUCAUUAUUGCUGUUGCUAUAAUUUGUAUAUUGCCUCUUUGUAUUCCUAAGAGACUGAGGAUCAUCAGUUAUACAAGUCUGUUUGGUGGAUCUGGAGCUUUGCUCAUUGCUCUUGUUAUUGUACAACGUUAUUCUGUGGGAAAGUACACUUUUAAAAGUGCUCAAACUCCACAGAAAUGGACGGAUUCUUUGGAGGCGAUUCCUGUGUUCUGUUUUGCUUUUCAGUGUCAUCUACCUUCAAUUGCCGUCUUUUCCGAGCUUCGUCGUCCAACCGUCGUUAGAUGUUCGUUUGUUACCCUUCUCGCCAUGAUAUUGUGCUUUGUCAUUUAUUCGUUGGCUGGUGCGUUCGGCUAUCUAACCUUUGGUCAAAAUGUUGACAGCGAUAUACUUGUCAAUUACGAUUCUGACGACAAAUUGGUGACGGUUGCGCGAGUCGUUAUUGUUGUUGUGCUUUUAACAACGUUCAGUAUUUCUCAUUUUGUCGGAAGAUCUGCAGUGAUUGGACUGUGGGUGAAAGUACGACGCUUACGAUCAGUUGAUAUCGAAAAAAGACGAGAAAGACGGCGAAUCAUUGCUUGCUUGUUGUGGUUCGCUUUGGCAAUUGCCUUGGCAUUAGUUAUUCCCAGUAUAAGGGAAGGAAUCGCUUUUGUUGGCAGCAUUAAUGCUCAUUUUAUUUUUACUUUUCCAGGAUUAUGUUUGGUUCAUGUUGUCAUAAAUUACAAGACGUCUAUUUCAUCAAGCAAAAUGAAAUCCUUUGCGGUUCUUCUUAUUGGCAUCUUCUAUGUCGUUCUAGGUGUCGUCGUGUUCUCCCAAAGCAUGUGUAUAGCAAUACAAAAUCAUGUAAAUUUACAAAAAUAGACAAAUGAUAUGGCUGUAACUUUAUUGUACAUUUGUAUCGUGGAUGACCAAUGAUUUUUUGCACCUAGAGAUAUGUUUCCCUGAAAUUUCACUCACCAAAUCCAGUUACAACAGCAAGGAAAAUAUUCUUUAUGGUCUUUUAGUCUUUGAAAAAUAUCUGUUUUUUGGGUAACUUGGGGCGAAAACGAGCAAAUCUAUAACCAUUUUGGACUGGUUUCCGUAUCAAUAAAAUGACCAUCGCGUGUCUCUUGUAAUAUAAGAAGCUGAAUUUUGGUCAAAGUUUGAUUUUUUUGACCUAAUUGAUAUCACAAUUCUUGUAAAUUUUUUUACUUUGAAUGAUUUAUUAAAAAAAUAUAUAGAAUGUUGAGAUUAGUGUGCAACAUUUACUUUAGCUUGAA